AUGAAGUUGGUAAGGUUUUUGAUGAACCUUCCUCAAGCAACUAAUGAGCCUAUUACAGUUGAACUUAAGAAUGGAAAUACCGUAAGUGGCCAGUUACUCAACUGCAAUCCAUCUAUGAACUUACUGUUGAAAAAUGUCAAGUUAGUACAACCAUAUCAAGACUCACAGUUGCUACAAUACAUUAACAUUCGAGGGAAUCAGAUUCGACAGAUUCUUUUACCGGAUGACAUUAAUAUCGACUCCAUCUUGGCGAAGAGCGCGUUUAAGUUGAAGGGAAAUGGGGCUGGACCUGGUGCCAAAGUUGAUACUCGAAGACCAAAGCCAUUUAAGGGCCGUGGUGGUGGUUCUAUGGGGGGUCGGAAAAGAGCUUUAUAA